GAGCGGUACAGGUCCGUCACGCGGAGCUACUACCGCGGGGCUGCGGGGGCGCUGAUCGUCUACGACAUCACGAACCAGGACUCCUACAACCACCUCAUCAACUGGCUGGCGGACGCCAGGACACUCGCGAGGGCGGACAUCUCCAUCAUCACCGUAG